CCAGAAGUCACCCUGUAUGACAUAGUCAAGACUUCUUUCCUCUCAUGGGACUUCAGGAUACCAAGCAGCCAAGUUUGCUACUAAUAUCAGCCCUUCCUUCAAUGGCUUUCCCCUCGGACGACGAUGACAAGAUCGUCGGGGGCUACACCUGCGCGGAGAAUUCCGUUCCUUACCAGGUGUCCCUGAACGCUGGCUACCACUUCUGCGGCGGCUCCCUCAUCAGUGACCAGUGGGUGGUGUCCGCGGCUCACUGCUACCAGUACCGCAUCCAGGUGAGGCUGGGAGAAUUCAACAUCGACGUCGUGGAGGGUGGUGAGCAGUUCAUCGACGCGUCCAAGAUCAUCCGCCACCCCAGGUACAGCAGCUGGACUCUGGACAAUGACAUCCUGCUGAUCAAACUCUCCACGCCUGCGGUCAUCAAUGCCCGGGUGUCCACCUUGGCUCUGCCCAGCGCCUGUGCACCCGCGGGCACCGAGUGCCUCAUCUCCGGCUGGGGCAACACCCUGAGCAGCGGCGUCAACUACCCGGAACUGCUGCAAUGCCUGGAGGCCCCGCUGCUGAGUCACGCCGACUGUGAAGCCUCGUACCCUGGACAGAUCACCGACAACAUGGUCUGCGCUGGCUUCCUGGAGGGAGGCAAGGAUUCCUGCCAAGGUGACUCUGGCGGCCCUGUGGCCUGCAACGGACAGCUCCAGGGCAUUGUGUCCUGGGGCUACGGCUGUGCCCAGAAGGGCAAGCCUGGGGUCUACACCAAGGUCUGCAACUACGUGGACUGGAUUCAGGAGACCAUUGCCGCCAACAGCUAAA